AGUUGUGGUUAGGAAUGUUGUCAAAAUUUUAACCUAUAAAACUUGAAGAAAAUCAAACACAAACAAAUGCAGAAAACCAAAUUAACUAGUGUUGCAUUAAUUGCAAGUAACAAUUAAUUAUAAUCGAACAGUUACACCUCGUGAAAAUGGUUGCUUAUUUUUGUAAAGUAUGCAAUAAUUUAUUGCUCUUAGAAGUAGACGACCGAGAUUGUAUUUCAUUGAAAUGUGAAACUUGCCCCUUUCGUGGUCCCCUUGAUUAUCACGUUCGAGUAGUUUCUACCAGGCAGAAAAAAGAUGACCCUGAAAAUAGUUUCCUGGACAUAAAUGAGCAAAGAAAGUUAAUACCCACCACUACAGAAAAUUGCCCCAAAUGUAAUCAUCCGAAAGCGUAUUAUCAUCAAAUGCAGACUAGAUCAGCUGAUGAACCAAUGACAAUAUUUUAUCGCUGUUGUGAUCCUAAAUGUAAUUACAGCUGGAAAGAAUGAAAAUCUGAAUAGUUCCUAAUUUUUAUAAUACAUACUGUAAUAUCCAUCAUUUGAAUUAAUGAUAUUUAUAGUA